AUGAAGGGGAGCAAGGUCCAUGAGCACGAGACCGACGUCCCCGCCUCCGAGCUCUGGGCGAUCUACGGCACGCUCCGCGCCGCGGAGCUCCUGCCGCAGCUGCUCCCGCAGCUGCUCACCAAGGCGGACCUCGUCAGCGGCGACGGCGGUGUUGGUACCAUCUUGCAGCUAACAUUUCCUCCUGGGAUCCGGCCUGGGCUCCAGAGUUACACGGAGAAGUUCAUCAAAGUUGACAACGAGAACUAUACCAAGGAGGCAGAAGCCAUUGAUGGCGACAUUCUGAAGCUGGGGUUCCUGGCCUACAUGAUACGGGUUGACAUCAUUUCCAAAGGGCCCAACUCGUCGGUGAUCAGGUCGACUAUCGAGUAUGAGAUUGAUGAUGCGCACCCAGAGGUUGAAGCUAUGGUGAGCACGGCGCUUUUGGCUGCAGCUGCUGAGAAAUUUUCCGAGCAUGCUAAGGAGAAGAAGGUCCCUCAAGCAACCUCUUAG